AUGUUCGGCCACUUGAUCACCUCUCAGGAUGGUACUCGCAUCUUGGCACCGCUGCUGGCACGCCAGGAAGGCCCCCCCAUCGUCUUCAUUCACGGUUUUAUCUGCUCCGGCCUUAACUGGGUUAGGCAGUUCAAUGACAAGCAGUUGCUGGAUAAUUUGUACAUGAUUCGUGGACACGGUCGUAGCGACAAGCCAGCAUCAGAGGGCGCCUAUAUUUUUGCAAAACAUGCAGAGGAUUUUCAAGCCGUGUGUACGGCUUUUAAUGUUACUAAACCGAUUGUCAUAAGCUGGUCACUUUGCGAGAUAGUCGUAGCUGACGUCUUAUCUCGAUAUGAUGCAUCUCCUCUUCCAGUGGUUGGGCAUGCUUUUCUCAAUGGGAUAACCUGGAUGUCUAUGUCGCAGGAGAUUCAAAAGCCAAGCCAACCCGCCAUCAUCUCUUCGAUCCUGUCUCGAGAUACCACCGAAUUUCAGAAGGGACUGGAAGCAUUCAUGCGUGAUUUUGUAGCUCCUGGGAAUUCAAUCUCUGAUGAAGACAAACGUGUAUGGGUGGAAAGCGCCGCGGGUAUGGCAAAGAAUGCUGCUGCACGGAAACUUUCGCUUUCACGGACACAGGAUGAGACGGCCUUGCUCUCCGUGGCUGAUGAGCUGCCAACACUCUUUAUCCAGGGUACAGAAGACGCACUGCUAGACUCGAAGAAGCAUGAACAGCUCAUGAAGAAACGCUUUGGUGCUAAUUUGGACUAUCGGACACUUCUAGGAGCAGGGAACGCGCCUUUUUACGAGCUUCUGGAAGUUGUGAACCCGAUGAUCCUCCAGUUUGCUCAACGCCUGAGCUAUGGCGUUUUGUACUAA